AAGUUUAUUCAUUUUCUAAAGUAAUACUUUGGUACCCUACUCGGUUACCAAGUCACCAGCAUAUUCGAGCUGUAUCUUCUGAAAGGAAUGGUCAAGAUCGUUUGCAAAAGUAUGAUGAAUUGAAAGCCUUAUUUGACAAAGCCCAUAUUAGCGCUGAAGAAUUUAAGGAAGCCAGAUCUAAUUUACUUAAAUACUUUACGCAAAAAGUACCUGGUUUACAUCCAGUUAUUCUGGAGUAUAAGGAUCCACUUCAGUUGUUAUCUACUCAUGGAGCCAAUUGGGAUUAUCAAGAGGCUCCUGAGUUAGAAAAGAAAAACUCUCUGCUACUUACUAUUAUGGGAGGUGCAGGUAUUGGAAAGUCAAGACUUCUCAUGAAGCUGCCAAAAAUAGCUCGAUCUGCAGUCAAUAACGAUGAAUUAAAAAAACACCUUGACAAUGCAUUAGUAUUCAACAUAAGCUUUGAAAAUGGAACUAGUUAUGAUUCAGUUGAAGACCAUGAUCCGUUAAUUGCAAUUGGUGUACGAAUGCUAUGGCAGUUACAAACAGACCCUAACGAUGAUUUUUCAACAUUUCAAAGAAACCCAGAGCACCGUUUGGGUCCAAAUGACGUAUUAAAACGUAUUGCUCGUUUUAGACAUCAAAAGGCUAGUGAUUUAACAGUAUUUUUACUGCUUGAUAGUAUUCAUAACCUAAUGGAAAAUUCUGAUGAUGGAUUGAAUAAAAAUAGCAGAUUUUAUUCAUGUCUCUCAAUCAUGGCAAAUAAUAUAAUUACAUCUAAACCAUUUAUUAUUGGAUGUUGUUCUGCCACAAGUAUGAAGCCUAUGAGGGAUAUUUUGGCAAAAUCUAGACAAUUACAUAUUCAAUUGCUCAUACCACAACUGAAAGCUCCUAGUUGUUUCCAUAGACCAGUAUUUGAUAUGGAAAAACCCCUUGUAAAGAUCCUUGUUGAAGAUAUGGGUGGAAAUAGCCGUGCAUUGGAAGCAUUAGAGCAAGUGAUACCAUUGAAUAUUGAUGAUUAUUGUAUUAGUGACAUUAUUCACAACCUGAUUAAGGAAUUAUUAGACCUUUACUCUGGUGUUCUUGAUCGUUCUGACUGCUACAAAGAAAUAUUACAAGUAAUUUUGAGUAACACACCAGUCAAUAUUAAUUUUUCUAUACCAGGAACCGAUCUGCGUCCAGAUCAAUUUGCUGAAAUGGGAUUAGUUCGUUUUGAAGCUGGAAAUAGUGCAUUUGAUAGAUUGACUUGUCCAUAUGUGUGGUUAUGGUUGAUAGCACGUUUGGUUGAUUAUCCAAUUCUUUUAAAUUGGAGAUUUGAUGACUACAAUGAAAUCCAACACUUUCAUAAUCCUGAAAAAAUCCCACCAGGCGCACAGCUUUGGCAGAAUUUCGAGCGAUUUGUUGCAGAUUUCCGAGUAUUAAAGUCAGAAAUAUACAAAUAUGUAAAACAUUCAAUCCACACAAUACACCCCGGUGGUGUAUUUGAUUUACGCAAUGAUAAUGAUAUUUAUCUAAAGUCCAAGCCACUCAAACUCGUUUGUUCCUCAAAUCGGGUUAGCACGAAGUCCAGUAGUGUAGCUUCCAUUAUGCACGAAAGUGGAACAAUAGAUGCCAGUGAUGAACGACAUUUGAUUUUAAAUGGUGAAGGUGCCUCUGCUGGACAAGAAAGAAACAUAACAGAGGUCUUACAGAUAAAGAAGCUUGAUCGUAAAGCCAGUAUCUCACUCAGUAUGUAUCUUGAGGAAAGAGACAAAGCUGCUGGCGUUAAUGAUAUAUUUCUUAUAGUAACAACCGGAAGAAAUCAUAUAGAUUCUUCACAACUUCCUGUGCAGCCACCAGAUAUUAACACAGCAAGUCGUUGUUGGCUUUCUGGUAUCGAUGGUAUUGGUCGCAAAUAUGCUGAUAUUAUAAUUAGGAGACGACCUUAUUAUUCCUUAGAAGAUUGUCAUCAGAAGACUGGCAUCUCGCUUAAAGUUCUUAAGCAGUGUAACUGUAUAAUCAAUCGUGGUAAUAAUUAUGAUGGUUUUGCUGAAACAAUAAGAUAA